AGGUUGCCGGGGAAUAACGCACGCUCUUCACUAAUAUACGCGCGCUCAGAUUUAUUUGCAUACGAAAUUCCGAAAUUAGACGGAGAUAAACAUGAAUUCGAAAUUAGUUUUAUUGUGUAUUUGUGUGCAAAUGUGCGCGCUGGCAUGUGGGCGUCCCCAACAGCGGCAGUGGCAGGGUCCAAUUUUUUCGAAUCCAUUUUUGCCUGAUCGCCCUGGUGCCGGCACUACGACUACCACUCCUGCACCGCCCGCCUCGUCGACAACAGUGCCCUCGCCUCGCUAUCUAGCCUGUUUGAGCGCCUGUCCCAGCACCAUGGAAUACAAUCCUGUUUGCGGCAGCGACAGUCAGAAUUAUCACAACCAUGCUCGUCUGGACUGCGCCGCUCGUUGCGGUCAAGAUGUUGUUUUUGUACGCAUGGGCACCUGUAAAGGAUUAUAAAGUGCUGACAGCGUGUUUUUAACGAACAUAAAUCGCAUCCGGGAAGUUAAAAAAAUUUAUAUUGGCAACCAAAUCUAAAAUAAUGUUAAAUUAAAAAAGGCCUCCUCUGCCAUAUACAUACACAUGUUAUAUUAAGUUAGCGACUUUAACUAAUUUUAUGGAAUUGAUAACUAAUGUUCUUCCAAUGGAAUAAAUAAACAAAUAAAAUCAUUAUUUAUACAAAAACAUA